UAGUCGAACCGUUCAAACAUUGGCGAAAAUUUCAUGAAAAGUAAUGACAGAAAAGGUCAUCUAUCGAUAGAUUGAUCACAUUUGAGUGGAAAUAACUCUCAUAAGAAUCAGCUGAUUUAUAAAUACAAAUCUCUAAGAACUCCAUCAAAGCUUUUAUAUUAAAUAAUUUUAAGAUGUUAAAAAUAAUUGUAAAUAGUCCAUUUGUAAGACAGUUUUCUAUUAAACCGGCAGCAAAACCUCCUAUAAAGUAUACAGACACCAUCAAUUUGCCAAAAACAAAAUUUCCAAAUAGAUUAAAUGCUGUUAAGCGGUUAGAAUUGGAGCGUAAGCUGGUUGAGGAUGUAUUUUCUGAAACAUAUAGUUACCAACAACAACAUAAUCAUGAACCAACUUUUGUUUUACACGAUGGCCCCCCAUAUGCUAAUGGAGAUCUGCAUAUGGGUCAUGCAGUGAACAAGAUUCUCAAAGACAUAACAUUGCGUCAGCAUGUAGUUCGCGGUCAGAAAGUGAAUUAUAUUCCUGGAUGGGAUUGUCACGGUCUGCCAAUUGAAUUAAAAGCAACAACUGCAAUUAAAAAUAAUAACAUUGCGAGGAUUAAGGAUCAAGAUCCGAUCAGCAUUCGUAAUAGAUCUCGCGAUUUUGCCUUAAAUGCAAUGCAACGACAAAAAGACGAAUUUCGGUCAUGGGGUAUUAUAAGCGACUGGUUAAAGGAGGAAAAUAUUUAUUUGACAAUGCGUCCGGGAUUUUUAAUAAAUCAACUGAAUUUGUUCAUUGAUUUUUAUGAACGUGGACUGGUAUAUCGAGAUUUAAAGCCUGUCUACUGGUCUCCAUCAUCGCGAACAGCCUUGGCCGAAGCAGAACUGGAGUAUGAUGUGAACUUCGUUAGUCCUUCAGUUUACUUGCGAUUUCUAUUAACUAAUGUGCCGAGUAGUAUAUCACUUUCCCCAAAUACCAAUCUUUAUGCUUUGGUUUGGACUACAACACCAUGGACAUUACCAAGUAAUCAAGCAAUAUGCUACAACUCAAUACUAGAUUACAGCGUGCUUAAAUUGUCGAAUUAUGGCAGUGAUUUAUAUUUAAUUGCCACAAGUUUAUUGCAAAACUUUUCGGAAGCUACUGGCAUUACAUAUGAGCUUGUAAAAACGUUUAAAGGCACAGAAUUAUCGAAUUGCGCAUAUCAACAUCCCUUAUUCACAGCUCAGAAGAACUUACCAUUCUUCGCUGCUACACAUGUGCAGGACUCAAAAGGCACAGGGUUUGUUCAUACCGCACCUGCACAUGGACCGGAAGAUUUUUUGGUUGGUCUUGAAAAUAAGUUGCCUGUGAUAUGUUUAGUCAAUGAAGAUGGCGUCUACUCUUCAAAGGCUCCUAGUUUUCUGAAAGGGAAAGAUGUGCUGCGCGAAGGUGAUCAAUUAGUGUUGGAAAAUAUUGCAUCAGACGUGUUACAUGCCGGUAAGAUAACACAUUCAUGCCCCAUUGACUGGCGCACCAAAGAACCCGUAAUAAUACGUGCCAGUGAACAAUGGUUUAUGAAUACCGAACAACUUAAGGAACGAGCCCUUGAAGAGAUUAGUAAAAUAAAUGUUUAUCCACUUGUUCAAGCAGAUGCGAGUAGAAAGGCGCUAAUGACGCAAGUGCGUAAACGUCCAUAUUGGUGCAUAUCAAGACAACGUGUCUGGGGCGUGCCCAUACCCGUGUUUUAUGAACGAAGGACAAAUAAUGUUAUUCUGAAUAGAUCUAUAAUCAACCAUAUCUGUGAUCUUAUUAAAAAAGAAGGAAACGCUGAUUUUUGGUGGUCGCAAAGUGUGGAGGAAAUGUUACCAUCGAAUAUUCUGGAGUCAUUUAAUAUAUCAGCUGCCGAAUUACAAAAAAGUGGAGACAUUUUUGAUAUUUGGUUCGAUUCGGGCAGCACAUGGUCAAGUGUGCUAAAGGAUGAGCAAGUGGCUGACGUUUACCUUGAAGGUUACGAUCAGUUCAGUGGCUGGUUUCAGUCAUCAUUACUUACAAGUGUUGCAGCGAGAAACCAAGCACCUUACAAGUCUAUAUUUGUACAUGGCUUCACAGUCGAUGAUAAGGGUCACAAAAUGUCAAAAUCCAUAGGUAAUGUAAUUUCUCCAAAGGAUAUAAUUAACAAAGUCGGAGUGGAUGCUUUAAGGUGGUGGGUGGCAACGCAUUGUGCGCAAAACAUGUCUAUAACUGUCAGUGAGAAGUUAAUGCAACAAGCUGCCGACAGUGUCAACAAAAUUCGCGCUACUUUACGCUAUUUAAAUGGUGUUAUUGUCAAUAAAUCGGAAGUUCUGAAUGAUAAAAGUACUUUUCUAGACAGAUAUAUAUUAAGUGCGUUGGUAGAACACGAAAAUGAGAUUUGGAAAUUGUAUGAUACUUACGAGUACCAUCGUGUCGUGACCAACACACAAAAUUUUGUUGCAAACCAAAUUUCAGCAAUAUAUCUUCACACUAUUAAAGAUCGAUUGUAUUGUGGAGAUAAAAUCGAUAUAAAAAAUAUACACUAUACGUUGCUAAAUUGUUAUAAAGUACUCUGCUCUACUAUGUGGCCUAUUAUACCAUUCUUAGUGGAAGAAAGUUGGCAAUACUAUGAUCCUAAAAGGGCAUUUCAUCAACAAAACUUUACUGCCGACCCCGCUUGGAAAGACGCUGAAGCUGAAAAAAUUGUUGGUGUUGCAUUAGAAAUCAAACGAAUCGUUAAUCAAAAAGCGGGCAGCACGAAUUCAUUUAAUCUAGCAGUAGAAAUUUCAUACAACAAAAACAAUGAGGAAAUGCAAAUGCUACGUCUUUUGCAAGAGGAUAAAGCAGAAGUAUCUUCCAAUAUUUCAGAGCUAUGUGAAUUACUACAAGUUCAAAGGGUAUCUUUGCAGCCAUCCAAUGAUGUAGAUUCUAGCGAUAUUAAUGUUCAAAAAUUGGAAUUAACCCUAUGUGCACGUUGUAGACGUUUCGCAGUUGAUAAUGUCGGUUGUGUUUGUGAACGUUGCACUUUAGUUCUGGCUAACAGAUAAUUGGUAACUUUUUUUUGGUGAAAGUGUGUUAUUUAAAAGCUUUGUAAGCACUUCAGUAUAGAGUCACGCAGUUUGAGUCGUAACGACUGUUUUCCACCACAUAGUAUAUGAGUUUCAUUCUCAUCAAAUUUUAUCGUUGUAUCUUCAUUUAUCAAAUGCAGCAUAACUACAUUGCUGGUACGCUCUACUUUUAUGUUUGUAAUUCCAUCUUGAAUUAACCGUUUCUUGAGCAGAUCUACGUCUAAGGUACCAUAUUCGUAUUUCAUAUUUUUAAGCACAUCUUCUCGGCUGGGAGGAGGCAUUUUACUACCACUUGGCUUAUCAUCUAAAGAAUCCGCACAUGGGUGUAUAUUAUGUACUUUAUCCUUUACUUCAAGGACGCCAGUAAUUGUGGAAACGGUUACACCAUUACCCACGUCACGUGGAACAAUUUUUUGGGCCAUAUCAUAUGUUAUAUAAACACGAUCGAGUUUUCGCUUUAACGGCAACCGAAUUAUUUCGCCGCAUUUAAAUGUAAUAAUUUUUUUGUCCUAAAAACCAGAAAUAUCAGUAAUUUUUAUAAGAUUCGUUCACCGCAAAUUAUAAAACUUACCGGUUGCUCAAUAAAAAGAUUCGGUGCAUUUGGAUGUGGCUUUGUAUAGGCCUCAGGUAUCACCAACACAUUUGGCUUCAGUUCCUUUAUUAAUUUAUUUGCCUGUUGAUAAUUAAGUGAAGUGUCUAUUGGACAAUAGAAAGCUUUCAUUGCGAGGGGUUGGAACGGCGCCAAUACUUGGAGAUAUGGAAAGUCUGGUUCUGGAUAAUAUUUUACUUAAUAUCAUUUUUCAAUCAAUGGGAUAUUAUUAAUAAUUUACCUGUAAAUAUAAUAGAAUUAUUGACAUUAUGACCCCACAUCUCCACGAAAUGAACAGCAUCGCCGAAUCGCAGACUGGGAUGUCCACAAAAUACUACACAAGGCUAAAAGAAGAAUACGUUAUUUUAUUUGCCGUCAUUUUUUUGCUUUAUGUUUAAAUAACUUUUAAAAUACCUGUCGAAAAUCUUUACUAAAUCCUUCAGAAAACACAUGUUUGUAGUGCUUCAAUUUUGAAUUGCGUAAAUAAAAGGCAUGCGGAAAGGGAUCAUCGGGCAGGUAGACUUUGUUUUGCUUUGCUGAACUCAGCCAUUCAGCCAAAAUAUUUGAGUACGCUAAUGAGCUAUCGGCAACCGGUGAAAUAAAGAACAUUGGCACAUUAUUUAAUCCCGCAUUUUCCAAAUUCUGUGUAAGACAUUCGAAAAGGUCGUAUACUACUCCAGAAGGAUAGCAAGGUAUUAAUGCUGAACCAUUGUUUCGAAUAGUAAGCGCUUAAAAAUGAAAUGUUUUAGAAUACAAAAUAAAAAUAAAUUGGUCAUCAGAUAAAAC